UGGUCCCAACAAGAAGAAGCAACGACGAUAACCGUUCGGACCUUGGAGGGUUACAUUUACCCAAAACUUAUUUUCAAAUGGGCCCCGUCGCCUAGCGUUUACUCCCCCAGCCUCGCCGACUGAGUUGAAUUGGGUGCUACUGAACAUCAAGCACGUCUGGGUCACUAAAAGGUUUCCAUCAAGCACAGCGUAACCAGAGACCAGCAACAGUAGAAUGGCAGCUAUUCCAGCAGGCGGUUCUCUCGUGGCGACCACUGACUACUACCGAAGGCGCAUCGGCUCUACGUCCAGCAGCAGCUCUUGUGGCAGUUCGGAGUACAGUGGAGAGGUCAUCCCUCACCAUCCAGGACUCCCCAAGCAGGACUCUGGCCAUUGGUGGUCCAGUUUCUUCUUUGGGAAGCAGCCAGGGAUGACCCCACUGACGGAGGAGGCACAGCAGAAGGCGGGGGUCACGGGUGCGGUGACGAAUGGUCAGAUCACCUGCGUUGCCAGGGAGAUGGUGAUGCAACGGCAGGUGAAAGAGAGCAGCGACGCAGGAAGCCCCACCUCCUCCUGAUCCCGCAGUCUCACUCUGAUCCACGCCGCACCUCGGGGGAGUCGAACCAGCGACCAACGCUAGGUGACGGGAGGAUGCCCCGUUUACAACAUUAUUAGUUUUUUUUUUUUUGUUUUUUUUUUUUUUUUUUAAUAUUAUUCAUUGUAGUAUAGGCUGCCUUACUUUUUGUUUUGGUAACCUUGUGUUUUUUUGUUUUUUUUAUUGACAACCAAGAAAAAAAUUCAAAAUAACAACAACAAGACAAUGAUGAACUGAUGAGCUACUUGUUUUUUUUUUUGUUUUUUUUAACAUUUGUACUGUUCUGUGUUUGUCAUACUGUGGUGCACAGACAUCCACAUGCCUUUUUUUGUUAAACAUUUUUCACUUUUGUCACCCUGUGAUUGUAAAUGCAAUAAAGUAGACUCCUGCAGCCUAAA